ACAAAAUGUCUAUUAGUUUGCUAACUAUCCAAUCGGUUGCUGUCGUCCUAUUGGCUAUCAGUCUAACGGUAGCCGAAUUGGCCACUAUUGACGCCGACCAGCCGUUAGUCGACGGCCAGAAAAAAUGUACCGAAGACUACGAUUUUGACUAUAUAUUAUUGGCCAACCAAUGGCCGGAAGCAUUUUGCGAGACAAACAAAUGUACGGCACAUCGGGAUGUCUGGUCGAUACACGGCGGUUGGCCGCAGUGGUCGAAUACAUCGACAAAAUGGCCACAAAAUUGUUGUUUUGAACGCGAAUUUGAUUCGGGACUACUGGAUCCAAUUAAACCGAAAUUGUUGGCCAAUUGGCGUACAUUGAAAUCGUCGGGUACGGAUGACCAGUUCUGGUCGCAUGAAUGGCAAACACAUGGUACCUGUGCUAUGCGGGCACCCCUAUUGAGGGGUGAACUAAACUACUUCCAGGGUACAUUGAAAAUGUUUGACCAGUUAGCAUUGGACAAGUGGCUAUCGGUUGCGGGUAUAGUACCAUCGAUGGACAAGGCCUACGAGGUAUCGGCUCUGCAUUCGGCUAUUGAGUCGGCUCUGGGCCGUCGGGUAGCCAUCGAAUGUUUGACCAAAAAACAUAACAAUUCGCCGAUAUUGAGCCAGCUAAACGUUUGUAUCGGUAAAGAUGAUUUGCGGCCAAUCGACUGUCCCGAUAAUGUCCAGGACAAGCGUUGCGGCUCAGAUACGGUUGCAUACCUGCCCUCUAAAAACUAAUUGUAUGGAAAUGAAAAAUAAUUUC